AUGUCAUAUGACGACAAAUAUAGACACUUCUCCAUGGCAAAGAUGAGACAAGUUUUAAAUAUUUACAAUAACCGUAAACAAAAAGGUUUGGGAAACCACUCCCCCGAAGAAAUGAAAAACAACCCUGACUUAGAGAAAGACUAUAUAUUUAAUAAUUUAGUCAAAAGAGACAAACAAGAAAGAAUGCCGGGCUUCAAACUUCAGAAAGGUGACAAAGUAAAAAUAGAAAUACCUAAACGCGACCCAUAUGAAAAUACUAUUGACUAUGACAACAAUGGGAACCCGACAGGUACUCACAUUCGUGUUCGUAAAAAUAGAAGAAAGUAUACAAGAGAAUAUUAUGAAGUUUUAGGCAAACAUGGCAAAAUGUACACACUGCAAGCAGAAGAUAAAACUACUAUUGUCAGACCUCGUUUCAAACUUGUCAAAGUUCAAGGUGGUAUACUUUCAAAGACAGUUCCUAACAAAUAUAAGACAACUCCUGACGAAUAUGCUAAAGAAGUUGAAAAUGACGACUAA